CUGGAAUCUGGAUAUCCUGGCCGUGGCCGUACAUUGACACGGAUAGUUUUUCUGUUCUCCGAUCUACCCAAAACAGCACACCAAAAAUGGCGAACACCAAACCAUCAAACAUGGCGAAGUCCAAGCCAUCAAGUUCCAAGCCAUCUUCCAAACCGGGUUCCAAGCCAGGUUCCAAGCCGUCAGGCUUGGGGGAGAAGAAGCGGACCGGGAAGCCUCGUAAGGCGAAGGAGGAGGUGAAGACCUCCCGAGAGAAGCAAGGUCCCAAAAAGAAGCGAAGAACCUACACGGAGAAAGAGUUGGGGAUUCCCACGUUGAACAUGAUCACCCCCGCGGGCGUCCAGAAACCUAGCGGGAAGAAGAAGGGCAAGGUCUUCGUGGACGACCCGGACAGCCUGCAGACCAUUCUUGCUAUGGUGAACGCAGAAAAAGAAGGUCAAAUCGAGUCAAAAAUGACCAAAGCGAGACAUAUGGAGGAGAUUCGUGAAGCCCGCCGCAAAGAAGCAGAAGCUCGCCAUGAGAGCAAGCGAUCCAAGCUGGAGGAAACCAAAGGCGAACUGAAGCGCCAAAAGAAAAGACCCUCGGAAUCUGACUCAGUCAAGCCGGAGGGCGAAGACUCUCAGGCUCGUGGGAAAGCCAAAAAGCGGGUAUCCUUUGGAUAAAAGAGCUGGACUUGUACAUUAUGCCCGAAGAUACCACCGGAAUGGCAGCUAUAUGGCCAACUGCAGUUUCCGUCGCAUUGGGUGGAAUUCAGGGGACCCAUUUCCCGCAUGCUUAUAUACUGGAUCGUCCGAUUGCACUGACUGCACUGAGUCCAAAUCGAUAUCCUUGGCCAUCGUCUUGAAAAAUUUUC